AUGUAUGAUUCAAGUGAGCGUGCGUGUGGGCGAUUUUUGACAAAGGAGAUUUUUUAUUUUACUUUGAAGAGGAAACAGGGAGCAGAAGUAAAAGUUGGAUGUAUCUUCGAACUGUUCUUGGAGAACGUCCUAGUGAUCAAGGCGGUAAAGGCACACCUAAGACUGAUAAUGAAUCCAAUCAUCCAUGUACAUCAACUUCUGAUGAUUCGGUGUUACCAAUGGAAGGAAUUGAAUCUGGUGGAGAUGCUCCAAAUGAAGAGACAACACAAAGCAGUAGUCAGUCGUUUCUACCAAUUGAGGAGACAGUUUCAGAUGGAGAUGUACAGCCGAAACCAGAGACUCCACAGAGUUACUAUCAAGGAUCAGCUACUGGAUUGACUACAGGUACUGAGCCAACACCUAAAAGGAGGAAAGGAAGUCGCAAAAGGAAAAGGAGUUCAUCUAAGAAGAGGCAGAAAUGCGUUGCAACAUCUAACGCAACUACACAGACACUGUCAUCUGGUCCACAACCAAUGGAGGAGAAGAUGUGUCAAUGUCCGGAUGAUUUUUCCCAUGUACGAAAGGACCAUACUUAUGCAGAAAGCUACCCUCGCAUUCUAAAACCGGCCUUUGUGAUGGUAGAGGUAGCGGAAGAGUCCCAAGCUUCAGAUUAUGGAGGUGACUCUAGUCAGUCAGAUAGUACUUCCCCUCAGCCUAUACCUGAUCUUACUGGACAAGAUGAGUUCAUGGUAGAUACUUCUUCAACUGUGCCUACACCUGGUGUAACCAUGCCAGAUGACCCAUGUCCUUCACCUGUAUCAUCUCAACAUUCAGAUUCAUCCUCAUCUUCGACUACAAGCUCUGUACCAACAUCUCCUUCACGUGGUGGACAGUCGUCUGACUCGUAUAAACCAUCUGAUGAGUCGGAUUCAUCAUCUUCAGAGGAAGAAAGAGAGCCUGAUGAAAUGAGAUACUGCAUGGGGAAGAAAUAUGUGGUCUUUGAUGAACAACUUAAUGAUCUGUUUUAUAGACUUAAGUGUAAAUCUUGUUCUGAUGGCCACAUUGCAGAACUGAAAAAGUAUACUGUAGGUACCAUGCUGGUUGUUAAUGUACUAUGUGUGUGUGGUUCUCUUGUAUACAGGUGGCAAUCUCAACCAACCAUUGGCAGGCAACCAGUUGGGAAUCUAUUGCUUUCUGCCUCCAUCAUGUUCACAGGCAAGACAUAUGAAGACUUCAAAGUACUGGCGGAUCUUUUUAACCUACAGUUCAUGUCAGACACCACCUUCUAUGACAUCCACAACAAGAUCCUCCUUCCUGUCAUCCACACAUUCUAUACACAAGACGCCCAUGAAGAACAUAAGAAUCGACCACUCUCUAUCUGUGGUGAUGGGAGAUGCGAUUCACCAGGAUACAAUGCAAAAUAUUGCACUUACACGUGUAUUGACCUUCAGUCAAAUAAAAUAAUGGGCAUGUCGCUAGUUCAUGUUAGCGAAGCAACAAGUUCCGUUGCCAUGGAGAAAGUAGGUUGUAGGCGGGUAUUAGACUUUCUUCUAGCAUCAUUGGAUGUCAGUGUGUUUGCUACUGAUCGGCAUGCAAGCAUUGCCAAAAUGAUGCGUGAGGUAUUCCCCCAAGUGUGCCAUCAAUAUGACAUUUGGCAUGUCACAAAAUCAAUAAAGAAGAAACUCAUCGAAAAGGCAAAACAAAAGGACAACGAAGUCCUGUGGCCUUGGACAAGGUCUAUCACAAAUCACCUGUGGUGGUCUACAGAAAACUGUGAUGAAGACGAAGUCAUGCUGCGGGAGAUGAUCCAGUCAGUAACACACCACAUCACUGACAUCCAUUCCUGGAAUUCAGCUGAAAAGUUCCAUGAAUGCGAACACGAGGAAUUGACUCCAGAGGAAACAGAAGAAACAAAGUGGCUGGAACCAGGGUCAAAACCUCAUGAAGCUGUCCAGAGUAUCGUCUUCAAUCAACGAUUAAUGAAGGACACAAAGCAGAUGACGAAGGCCUGCCAUACUGGUGCGAUAGAGUCCUAUCAUUCAUUGUAUCUCAAGUACUGCCCGAAACGCAAACACUUCUUCUACCCUGCCAUGUUGGCCAGAGCAGAACUGGCAGUUCUUGACCAUAACGCUAAUACUGGCAGAGAGCAGGCAACCGUGAAGAGAGAAAGAACUGGAACUGCAAAGAAAGGGGCACUACGCUUUCGGUAUGUGUGGUCAAAGUCCACCAAAGAGUGGGUUCUGAAGCGCAUCCCAGAGGACAAGAACUAUGCAUACCUUUGGGAUAUGCUUGUUGCAGUUCUACAAGUCAAGGCUGGUAACUUUGACCUUAAACAGCCGCAGUAUCCAAUCCUUCCUCAGAACAUUGCACCAAUUCCACGUCCACCUCCUGAAGAACUCAUAGAGCGGGCUACAUCACGAUUCAGCCAUUGAUAUCAUGGACUUCAGGAUGAUACAAUAAUGAAGUGUUUCCAGCUUUCUAUCAACCUACUUUAUUAGAUGACAAAUGACAGUCUUUCAUUCUUUUGACUUCGUGAGGCGAGUGAUCGUUUACACAUUUGCAUGCUAUUUGCACGUAUGUCAGUUGCACACGUAUCGGUGGAAUUAUGUAAUAUAGACAUUUGAUGAAUCAUACCAAAUGAAAAUGAUAUUCAUCAACGAAACUGUUACUAUAGCAAUAUUGUGUUUUCCUACAUUGCAGGAAACAGAAAGUAAUCAACAGCUCAUUAAGAACUUGAAUAUGACAAGACAUUUCUAGUCUCGCCUUCAUCUCUAGUGUUAAAAAAAUGAAUAUACUUUUUAAUUAUACUUGUAUUGAUGUAAACAAAGCUUGUUUUGUUUGCCUAAGAAAGUGUAUGCAUUUUUUUGAUAAAAUAGAACUUCACUUUAUAUUACUAUGAUGUAUUGCAAUAUUGAGGUGAAAAGUUAAAUAUAGUGUCCUGCUGGGUCUCAAAAAUUAAACCUUAAGCCAAAUGUCAGAAGAGAGAGAGAAAGAAAAAAAACAUACAGUAGGCUUUCAUCUUGAUCGUGUAUAUCAUACAUUCAUCUGUUCUAUGUGAAAAUAAAUGCGAGAUGGUUGAAUCUAGAUUUUCCACAUGUAUGCAUUUCUUGACAUUUUUUGAAAUUACAAUAUUCAGCAGAAUAUGGUGACAUUUGAGGACCACUUCCUGAUCACAUCUUUAUGUGGUGGUAAGGAAUAGGUGGAAAAAAAUUAGAUUUAUUUUCUAGCAAAUCUAAAGGUCAAGUACUUGUAUUUGUGAAUCUGUAAAAUACCAACAAUGUACCAACAAACACUGUUUGUAAAUUGAUGUAACAAGGCAAUGGGUCAUCCCAGAUGUUUCAUGCAUAUUUUUUUCUCACCAGCACUGCAUGACUUUUGGUAGCUUCUUUCCGUCUUUAUGAUAAUUUUUUUAAUCAGAUGAUAAACCACAUUUUGUUUUCGGAGAUUACAUAUACUCAAACACACGAUUUCUUGCACAAUUAUUGCUUUGGCAUUAAUUUAUGAUUAAAAACAAUUAUCCUGGACUUUUCUAUGCUGAAGAAAAUUGAACAGCUAAUUUCUUUGCAAAACAAAUUGAAAUACAUCAGAAAUAAAAUUGAUUUCAAAGACUUGUUUUCUUCAUGGAAUUUAAAGCAUCAUUUAGGGAAUUAAAGCAAAAUUUGAAUUAUUCAUAAAGUAAGAAUAAUAUAUUGUUGGCUGAUUACAUCAUCUGUGUGAACUGUCUUUUGACGACCAAGGUCUCAUGGGGGAGGGGGUGUUGAAUGUGCCUUAAGGGAAACCUCAAAGGCACAUCAUGACUGUUUUUACCCUUCUAUCUUUUGGAAUGGUAGAAUGGGAUCAGGUUUAAAUCCUAUAAAGUACUCAUGAUUUCUUUAGGGGCUAGAGAGGAAGAAGGUUAUACAUUUUUUUGUAUAUACAUGAUCACAUAUUGUAGAUACGUUGAGGAACGAUACUGAUUUAGAGUCACAAGUUAAGAUUGGUCUCCAAAUGAAAUUGUUUCUCAUUGGAAGCAGUCGCUGGAUUAAAGCACUUUCACAUUUGUUAAAUAUUUUUUAGACUUGAUUCUGAGAAUACACAUGUUUAGUGUAUAAUUAAACAGUUUGUUUUGACUUAUACCUUUGAGAUAUAAGUGCAAGCAGAGUGAAGAUGUUAGUCAUUCAAUGUGUGUUGCUUAUCAAAUUUAUUAUUUGUUUGUAUAUAAAAUAUUUACAUGUUUUAUUGAUAGGGAGGAGAUAUUUUAAUGACAUCUAUUAGCAUAACUGGUCAUUAAUUUGAUACCUGGUAUUCGUUUUUUGAUAAAAAUCAGACUCACAUUGUCUGAGCAUUUGCUUUGUAUGUAUUCCCUGAAGAUAUAAAUGUACAUGUAAAUGGUGGUUUUAUAGGGGAUGGGCUGUGAGGGUCACAUGACUCAUUAUCUGACCUUAAUUUUAUCCGUCUUGGAAUUAUGUUUCAACAUUUUUCUUUCUGUAGUUUCCAGAUGACAGGCAUUGAUGCACUUCAAAAUAGUGCAUUCUAUCUGAGGUUCAGAGUUCCAUUGCAGCAUAUGAAAUGAUAUGUAAACAACUUUGUGGAUAAAAGCAUUAAAUUAUAUCUGUUAAUUAAUUAAC